AUGCUCUGUGGUGUCUCCCGAGAUAUCUAUACUUCUGUAGACAGUGUCGUUCUCGAAUUGAUCCAAAACGCAGACGAUGCAACAUAUGGCUAUGCAGAAAGUGAAAAUUGUACACCAUACCUCAAAUUCGCCUUGCUCCCUGGUAAAGUGAUUCUCGAAUAUAACGAAGACGGAUUUACUAGAGAUGAUGUCAAUCGAAUCUGCGACAUCAACCAGAGCAACAAGGGAGAAAAUGACAUUGGAGAAAAGGGUAUCGGGUUCAAGUCUGUCUUUAUGAUGGCAUCUAAAGCACACAUCGAGUCCAAAGAAUAUUCGUUUUCUUUCCGUAGGAACAACGUAUCCGAGCCGAAGCCCUCCAGAAAUACAGAGAGGUCCCCACUAUUUCUAAGGCAUAUCAAAAAGCUCUCAAUCGUCGAUCAUGAAGCACAAUUUUCUACCAUAACUACGUCCUAUGAAGAGUUGGAGGAGCGAGGAGUCCUUACGAGAGAAGACGGAGAUUCAGAACCAGAUGUGAAGCAUUUUCAUAUUUUCAGGCAAGUGUUUGAUGAAAUUCCGACGGAAGGCAAGAAAAGGAAAAAUCCCAAUGCGGAAGUCAAGCUUGCCUUCCCAUUUACGCCAGAUCAUAAGCCGUUGAUCGAGAGGCAGCCAGAUGUUUUUGCGCGCCUCCCAAUUAACAGUACUGGGGUUGGACUUCAUUUUCUGGUCCAUUCCGAUUUCUCCACCUCGGCCAAUCGGGAGGCUGUGGAUGAGAAAUCAGCAGGGAAUGCUGUCCUCCUUGGGAAAAUUGCUGAGGUCUUCCAAGUUGCGGCGAAGCACUUUAGCAAUGAUCCAUGUCUCCCCCUCCGGCAUCAGUGGAUGGAGUUCCUCCCCGAUCACUCCAUAUCCAGCACGUUUUGGAGCGCUCUACGUGUGAAGAUCGAGAGUGCUUUGAAAGGAACUCUAUUCUUACGGUCCCGCAGCGGACGUGUACGCCUCAUAAGCGACUUGCGGUAUCUUCCAGAAAUGUUCAGGGACAGUCCCGAGGAAAAGAGCAAUCCGCUAUUUCUUGAUCUUCCCGACGACGAGAAAUAUCUACAUCCGGACUACGAAGCACAGCUACAAAGGCUUCGGACACUUGGCCUCAAGGAUUUGACCCCUGAAGAAAUGGUCGACCGUGUGGAGAGAGAUGUAAAGUCGAAAUUGCUUUCUUGUAUGCGAACGAACGUCGAGGACAUAUGGCAUACACAUGUAGCCAUGUUCUUCUUGUUUUGUCGAGACAAUUAUCCGACUGAAUGGGCAAGGCUACAGGAGCUUCCGUUAAUUCCCCUUUUUCCAGGAGGUUAUCAUAACUGGACCUCAAAUUCGAACGCGGACGUCUAUUUCACAACUGUGGGUAAUUUGUCUGUUCCAACCGAUCUCAAUAUUUCACUCAUUACAGCUGAUGCCGCUUCGUGUCCUGCGAGAAAACUGCUGUUUACAGCGCUUAGAGUUAAGGACGCACCUUUUAAUCUAUCUGGUCACAAUAUCGGACUUGAAUCUUCGCUGUCACAUCUCCGCUUUUUGUGGUGGACGCAUCCGAAAGACUAUACGGAUGAUAGCAAGCUGUAUCGACGAUUACAUGUCUUCAACGAGAAAAAGGAUCAGUUAUUCCGGCUGUCCAGCGAAAUUUUCUUCUGUUCAGACGAUUCAUUUGGUGUUCGAGAACUGUUCCCUGAAUGGCUACGAGAUGUCAUCGGAGUGCAGGAAUAUCCACGCCAUGUUGAUCGGGGCAACCCUACAGAGCUAUCUCCGAUUUUCGAAAGGAUUUCGAAGGAUUGCCCGGAUAGGGUUGUCGGGCUCCUGUGGGCGCAUUGGUGUGAAUACAACAAGCAGAUAAGUGAACCCAUCAGACAGAAGGUCUCUGACGUUAGAGUGCCUUAUACAACAGGAGAUGGAACUUCAGGGAAAUUGAAGCUCAGAUUAAGUGACCUACCUCUUCCUGCCCUCAAAAAAGCAUGCGAGUCCUUUGCACUAGAUGCUUGUUACCCUUUUCUAACACUUCCUGGAGAGGUCGCGGGUCGUGACCUCACUGGGUGGGAUUGCUUAACAUUUUUCGGUGUCAACAAAGAAUUGAACCUUCAGUUUUACCUCUGGAUCCUAUUCUUCUUCAAAAAGCUCAAAGGGGGUGCUGUCCAAGAAAGGGCUGAAUCUUGCCAAUCUGCUCUCAAGGAAGUUCGAUGCUUUAAUAAGGGUCUCAACGUUUUCGUUCCGACUUCCCCUGGCUCGUUUUCUUGGAAUGCACCAGAAGAAUGCUUGUGGGAUGCCCCGUCUUAUAUGCGCUCUAAGAUCCCUCUGCUGGCUCGCUAUCGCUCGAUCACGGAUGCUUCAGUUCCUACUGAAUUCUUCCAAGAAACUCUCCUCAUUCGAAACACAACAUCAACGGACCUCUUGGAGGAGCUAGAGUUUAUUCGCCGUCGCCUUCCGCUUCCAUUUUGUCUUUUCCCCCGACAUUGUCAGCACACAUGUUUAGGCAUUACUAUAGCCGUACCACGAAGUCCAAAACGCCGCACGUACACCGCAGAUACUACUAGCCUAGCCAGCCAAUUGCCAUGA